AUGACUGGUUAUGCAAACCUUGUUGUUGCAAAAGAUGCAGCAAUUGGUAAUGCCUAUAUUGACAAAGCAAGCUCUUGCAAUGAUGCAGAUGCAUUGGAUUAUAAUUUGAUUUAUGGAAAGAUUGUGGUUUGCACAACAACGGAUAUUCAUGAUAUUUGGGGCAGUUCAAAGGAUGAUAAAGCUCGACCUUUUGCUAUCAUUUUAAGAACAUCAGUUCAACAGCCUACACAACAUGAGCCAACUGUGGCAUAUUUCUCUUCAAGAGGACCUGGUAGUGCCCCUGGGAUCAUUAAGCCUGAUUUAGCAGCACCAGGAAGAAACAUUUUAGCAGCUUGGCCUCCUUUUGAAAAGGCGAGAGCAGACUCGAUAUUCUAUGAUAUAAUGUCAGGAACUUCAAUGGCAACUCCUCAUGUUACUGGUGUGGCUGCACUUCUAAAAGCUCUUUAUCCUCAUUGGAGUCCAGCUGAAAUAAAAUCUGCAUUGAUGACAACAGCUUAUAACUUGGACAAUGCUAAGAAUCCAAUACAAACAGAUUCAGGGAAUGUUAUUGCAACACCUUAUGACAUUGGUUCAGGUUUAUUGAACCCAAAUGCUGCACUAAAUCCAGGCCUGGUUUAUGAUUUCAACAUGGAAGAUAUAGUUUCCUAUCUAUGUUCUAGUGCUGUUGGACAGUUGGAAUCACUCAAAGAACAUUACAAGGUUUAUUGGGAUAUCAAAUUGAUCACUUAUCGAAGAAAAUAUGACGAUCCUAUUGAUUUUCAAGUCGAGAUAGAAAAUCCUGAAGGAAUUUCAAUACAAGUGAAGCCGAGUACCGUAAGCUUUCAACGCGAUGGAAGUAAAGUAACGUUCCGAGUGGACAUCACUCCUUUGCAACCAUUAAACAAGGAUGUUUUUGGAAGCUAUACUUGGUUUAAUAAUGUUCAUAGGGUUAGAAGUCCUGUUGCUGUACAAGCUCAAAGUACAUACUUCUGA